CCCAUAGAGCGGUUCACAAUUGGUCCAGCGUCGUCCGGGUUAGGGGAGGGUUUGACCGGGGUAGGCCGUAAUUGUAAAUAAGAAUUUGUUAACUGACUUGCCAGGUUAAAUAAAUGUUAAAUAAAAUAAAGAAUAUCUGCUGCGGGACUCCCCGUUCCUCCCCCUUUCACUCCCUCCCUUCCCCUGAGCUGCUCGACGCAAAACAACCCGUCCCUAGUACUCCAACUUUCUUUACCACAGUAUCGCCUUAAGUCAAAGGAUGGCAGCAUUUCUGAAAUCUCUUCGGAAUCUGAAGAAUGAGAUCGUUCUAUUAUGUUCCCCGUUACUUCUUCUCCCGCUGCCUUUAGUCAUUGGAACAAAGGAGGCAAAAUGUGCCUAUGUGAUCAUCCUGAUGGCAGUGUACUGGUGUACAGAGGCCUUACCGCUGGCUGUCACUGCCCUGCUCCCUGCUGUCCUCUUCCCCAUGUUUGGCAUCAUGCAGUCCAAAGACGUGUGUAUGCAGUACCUGAAGGACACCAACAUGUUGUUUGUGGGAGGACUGAUGGUGGCGGUGGCAGUGGAGCACUGGAACCUGCACAAACGCAUUGCCCUCCGAGUGCUGCUCUUUGUAGGGGUGCGCCCCGCUCUUCUGAUGCUGGGCUUCAUGGGGGUGACAGCCUUCCUGUCCAUGUGGAUCAGUAACACAGCCACCACAGCCAUGAUGGUGCCCAUCGUCCAGGCUGUUCUGGAGCAGCUCAACAACUACACAGAGACUGAGAUGCCUGUGAUCCUCAGCGCUGAGGAGAACCCCCAACCUCAGGAACCCACUGACAGCAAACAGACAGAGAAACAGGCAGAGGGACAUGAUCCACUUGUGGAGGCUAUCUGGCGUAAGGAAGCUGCAGACAAGAAGAAGAUGUGUAAGGGGAUGACGCUGUGUGUCUGCUAUGCGGCCAGCAUCGGGGGCACUGCCACCCUCACAGGGACUGGCCCCAAUCUGGUGCUCAUGGGACAGAUGAACCAACUGUUUCCUAACAAUGGAGAUGUCAUCAAUUUUGCGUCCUGGUUCAGUUUUGCUUUCCCCAACAUGAUCCUGAUGCUGACCCUGGCUUGGCUCUGGCUGCAGUUUGUCUUCAUGGGAUUCAAUUUUAAGAAGACGUGGGGCUGUGGGGCAGUAAAGACAGAGAAAGAGAUAGCUGUGUACAAUGUGAUCAAGGAGCAGCAUCGUCAGCUGGGCUCCAUGUCUUUUGGAGAGCUGAGUGUGUUGGGUCUCUUCAGUUGUCUGGUGGUUCUGUGGUUCACCAGAGAUCCUGGCUUCGUGGCAGGCUGGGCCACAUACAUCUUCAACGCUGAUGCAGAGUAUGUAACUGAUGCCACAGUGGCAGUGUUCAUUGCUGUCCUUCUCUUCGUCCUGCCUUCCAAGCCCCCACGCUUCUGUUGCAGGAGGUCCCAAAGCUUUGACACUGAGCUUCAGCACCCGGCUGGCCCCACACCAGCUCUGCUGACCUGGAAGGUGGCCCAGAAGAAGUUACCCUGGAGCAUCGUUCUCCUCUUGGGGGGAGGGUUCGCCCUGGCCAAGGGCAGCGAGGAGUCAGGUCUGUCUAUGUGGUUGGGGGACCAGAUGACUCCCCUCCACACCAUCCCACCCUCGGCCAUCGCUAUCAUCCUGUGUCUGCUGAUCGCCAUCUUCACCGAGUGCACCAGUAAUGUGGCCACUGCUACUCUCUUCCUACCUGUCCUCGCCUCAAUGUCCCAGUCCAUUGGAAUGAAUCCUCUGUACGUCAUGGUGCCUUGUACUCUCAGUGCCUCCUUUGCCUUCAUGCUACCUGUGGCCACACCGCCCAAUGCUAUCGUCUUCUCAUUUGGCUACCUCAAGGUUUCUGACAUGGCUAGGACAGGUAUAGUGAUGAACAUCAUCGGCAUCCUGUGCAUCACUCUGGCCAUCAAUAGCUGGGGCAGGGCCAUGUUCCACCUAGACACCUUCCCUACCUGGGCCAACACUACUGGGGUGUGAGGGCCCCGAGGGUCCCCGGGCCAGGCCAUGAGGAACACAUGGAGGGCCCCUUAUGUGCUAGAGACCUCUACCGAGAAAGGAAUCAACGUGACUGGUCGUGUUAGUGUGUUGGGUGUUGGGAGAAAAGCCACGUAGCUUCCAUUACGAAGGACACUAGAAUCACCCUGUGGGAAGAACGAUGGAUGGAUGGGUUUAACUGGAGAGAAGAAUGAUGAAGGAUGGAGAGUAUCACUACUGUACUUUUAAUGCUGUAAUGUGUUAUACAGAAUGUCCAGUCCUAUUCAAAAUGCCCAAGCAUUAUCUCUAUCAAAUCAAUCAAAUGUAUUUAUAAAGCCCUUUUUACAUCAGCCAAUGUCACAAAGUGCUAUACAGAAACUCAGCCUAAAACCCCAAACAGCAAGCAAUGCAGAUGUAGAAGCACGGUGGCUAGGAAAAACUCCCUAGAAAGGCUGGAACCGAGGAAGAAACCUAGAGAGGAACCAGGCUCUGAGGGGUGGCCAGUCCUCUUCUGGCUGUGCCAGGUGGAGAUUAUAACAGUACAUGGCCAAGAUGUUCAAACAUUCAUAGAUGACCAGUAUGGUCAAGUAAUAAUAAUAAUCACAGUAGUUGUAGAGGGUGCAACAGGUCAGCACCUCAAGAGUAAAUGUCAGUGAACAUGUUCUCAACUUCUCACUCUCAGACGUAGUUUCUGUUUCAUAUUUGUUGGUCUGUUUAUAUCUCAAGACUCAGAGUUGCUUAAUUAAAAUCCAUUUGUGGUUUACUGUU